AUGGCGGGCGCGUUUGGCAUGAUUAAAGAGCCCAUGGUACCGAAACGCCCGGAUCAAAUGACGGAUGAGACGGUGGGGAGUUUCCUGGCUAGGAGGGUGGAUGAGAGGUUUGCGAACAAUCUCGUCUCGGCGGUCUUUCACGGGAUAUAUGCUGGCGAUAUAUGGAACUUGAGUGCGAAGACGCUGCUCAGUACGGCGUGGCAGCUGGAAGGCAAGUAUGGCAGCGCAAUGGCUGGAUACUUCAAGAUGCAGCAAGACGAGAAGGGACAGCUCAUGACGCUGGCGCAUCCGUUCGAUGUAGAGGCAGCACAGGCUAUGAACGACGAAUUCGACCUGGAGGAUGAAUACGUCGAGAAUCUGAAGAAGGCGAGCACGUUUACCUUCAAGAAUGGGUUGCAGCAGUUAUACCAGGCGUUAGCGACUGCAGUCAAGAAGACGGGCAACGUGGACAUCUACACCGAGCGACCUGUUCAAUCGACCAAGCCCCUCGAAGACAGCAAACCAGGCGUCCAAGUAACCACAGGCACUAACUCCCCGCAGACCACCGGUAACGAAAAGUCCUCCGACUACGACCUCGUAAUCUCCACCCUCCGCUCUCCCUCACUCACCCCCUACAUCACCGUCCAAACCGUGAACCUCUUCUACCCGACCCCCGACCUCACGCCCGCCGGCUUCGGCUACCUAAUCCCGCAGUCCGUCCCCUUCGAGCAAAACCCCGAGCGCGCGCUCGGCGUCAUCUUCGACAGCUGCGCUAUCCGCGGGCAGGACUCCGUCCCCGGCACGAAACUCACCGUCAUGCUCGGCGGCCACUGGUGGAACGACUGGGCCAGUUACCCCAGCGAGGAAGAAGGAUUGGAGAUGGCGAAAAGUGUUGUAAAAAGACACCUGGGCAUCACUCAGGAACCUACUGCGUCCUACAUAAAUCUCAGCCGCGACUGCAUCCCGCAAUACACCGUCGGGUACGAAGACCGACUGAGAGAUUUCUCACGUGGCAUUGGUGAGGAGUUCAAGGGCAGGUUGCGCGUUGUAGGCAAUCAGUUCAAUGGCGUGGGUGUGAAUGAUGUUAUUACUGGGGCGUGGAAUUUGGCGAGAGGACUCAGGGGUGAGGGGUGGAAGGGGAGGGAUGUUGGAUUAGGACGGGUCGGGGAUACCAGGGAGUGGAGGGUUGUGCCGGCGGGGACGCUGGGGUAUAAGAAGAGGGGGUGGGAGGGGAAGAUGCCGGGCGGUGUUUAG